AUGUCCGCCCAGGAAGCCCCGCCCAAGGAGAGCAUGCAGCUGAAGAAGGAGAUCUCGCUGCUGAACGGCGUCAGCCUCAUCGUGGGCAACAUGAUCGGCUCGGGCAUCUUCGUGUCGCCCAAGGGCGUGCUCAUCUACAGCGCCUCCUACGGGCUGUCGCUGGUCAUCUGGGCCAUCGGCGGAGUCUUCUCGGUGGUGGGCGCCCUCUGCUACGCCGAGCUGGGCACCACCAUCACCAAGUCGGGCGCGUCGUACGCGUACAUCCUGGAGUCCUUCGGCGGCUUCAUCGCCUUCAUCCGCCUGUGGACGUCGCUGCUGAUCAUCGAGCCCACCAGCCAGGCCGUCAUCGCCAUCACCUUCGCCAACUACCUGGUGCAGCCGCUGUUCCCCACCUGCGAGCCGCCCUACGCCGCCUCCAGGCUCAUCGCCGCCGCCUGCAUCUGCCUGCUCACCUUCAUCAACUCGGCGUACGUGAAGUGGGGCACGCGCGUGCAGGACGUCUUCACCUACGCCAAGGUGGCCGCCCUCAUCGUCAUCAUCAUCACUGGCGCCGUCAAGCUGUGUCAAGGUUCCACCGCCAACUUCGACUCCUCCUUCCAGGGCUCGUCCACAGACGCGGGAAACAUCGCCCUGGCGCUCUACUCGGCGCUCUUCUCCUACUCGGGCUGGGACACGCUCAACUUUGUCACCGAGGAGAUCAAAAACCCAGAAAGGUUUGUUGUUGUUGUCUCCUGUUUCCUCGUCCGCCUGACGUCUCACGCGGUGACGCCGCAGGAACCUUCCGCUGGCCAUCGCCAUCUCCAUGCCCAUCGUCACCGUCAUCUACAUCCUGACCAACGUGGCGUACUACGCCGUGCUGGACAUGAGCGCCAUACUGGCCAGCGACGCCGUGGCCGUGGUGAGGAGGUACACGCGCCGGCCGCUACAUUAGACCUUCGCCGACCAUACGCUGGGCGUGAUGAGUUGGACCAUCCCCAUUGCCGUGGCGCUGUCCUGCUACGGCGGCCUCAACGCCUCCAUCAUCGCCGCAUCCAGGUUGUUCUUCGUGGGUUCCCGCGAGGGACACCUCCCCGACGCCUUGUCCAUGAUCCACAUGCGGAGGUUCACGCCCGUUCCUGCUCUCAUCUUCAACUGCGUCAUGGCGCUGAUCUACUUGGCCGUGGAGGACGUCUUCCAGCUCAUCAACUACUACAGCUUCAGCUACUGGUUCUUCAUGGGCUUGUCCAUCGCGGGACAGAUCUACCUCCGCUGGAAGCAGCCCGACCGCCUGCGACCACUCAAACUGAGUCUCUUCUACCCGGUGGUGUUCUGCAUGUGCGCCGUGUUCCUGGUGGCCGUGCCGCUCUACAGCGACACCCUCAACUCCCUGAUCGGCAUCGCCAUCGCCCUGUCGGGCGUGCCCGUCUACUUCCUGGGCGUCUACCUGCCCGAGUCCAAGCGCCCGCCCGUCAUCACCAAGCUGCUGCGCUCGCUGACCCACGUGACUCAGUUCACGUGUUUCUGCGUCCUCACAGAGAUGGACAAGAGCGAGUAGCGUCCCGCCCGGGUAAUAAAAAUAUGACUAUUCUUAUUAUUUCACUCCACACGCCUGAUUAGUGCACAGCCGCUGGUCCUGCACUCUUCUUCUUCUUCUUCUUCUGUGGAGUCAAGCGGGAAGUGGAACUUUCCUGCACACUUUAAUUACCUCCAAAGACCAACGAGUUGCCUUGUACAAAACAAAACAAAAACUCCUUGUGUGCUUUUCUACUUUACAGUAUUGAAAUAUUCACCAACGUGCGGUAUUUCAUCGUUUUAAUGCAUUCAGGUAAGAGUCCACGUAAAUAUUUUGAUGUUUUAAAAGCAUGUAAAUCAAUUGCAGGCACAAUGUAUUCAGAGUGAUUAUUCCUUGCAAUAUUUAUUAUUACACGGCAAUGUAUUAAAGAGCCACUGUCUU